AGGCAGAGGAAUUGUUCGCAAGACAUUUUUCUUUUAGUUGUGAUAACCGUUUUUGUUGUGAAUUACAUAAGUACCGAUAUAUUAAUAUCUCAAUGGGGAGCGGUAGCUAUAUAAACGAAAACGCUAAGCGAGCGUGUUUUGUUUCGUAAGUUGCCGAAAACAUGCAGAAUCAUCAUACACAUCUCGGAGUUUAGCGCCAGUGGCACAUAAAACGGACUAGUAUUUAUGGACAUAUUCUUGUCUGUUAACUGUUCACCGGCGUAUUUUCUUGGUUGAAAAGCGUAUAGAAAAGUGAAUGUAUUGUUUUUCGAACUCUUUCAUCUUUAUUUGAUUAGAGGCCAUUAAAACUCUAUUCGCGAAUUUCAGUUUACUUAUUCGUUGCUCGAUUUAUGUUCUGGACUGGAAGAACACUUUGUCGUUGUAUACGACGGACCAGAGAACCGGUUUUAGUUGGGCACGGACUGUGCUGUUACCGUUAUCUUCUGUCGGGGCAGGAAAACUGGCUUAGACCUACUGAUAUACGUGUCAGUGGUAUAACUUCACUCCCGUGGGUUGGGGCUUGGUGGGGUAAUUGCGGUCACCGUUUGAAGAGAGCAUAUUAUUUAAGUGAAGAUUUCGUAAGCAGUUUCGGUCGUCAUUUAGCAGGUUAUUCGCGAAAUAGCUGUAGUAUAGUGAGUGAAACAUUUUUUGUACCAACUGGAAACCGUUUUAUACACACGACAAACAUGCCCGAAUCAAAACCAUUCGAGAGACUACCAAAGUGUGUCGUACCAAAACAUUACGAUCUGAUACUGAAGCCUGACCUAAAAACAUUAGUGUUUGAAGGGAAAGAAACAAUAGAAGUUGAGGUAAAAACAGUGACGGAUAAAAUCGUCCUGAAUUCCUUAGAUUUAACAAUUAAAAGUGUCGAAUUCACAACGUCGACUGGUAACAGUAUUGUUCCUACAGACGUCGCAUUGUCGGUGGAGGAUGAAACUUUGACAUUGACAUUUCCUGAGCCCCUUCAUGCGGGGAAUGGAUUACUAGCUUUCGAUUUUACUGGAGAAAUCAACGACAAAAUGAAAGGAUUUUACAGGAGCAAAUAUGUAAGAUGUGGUGAACCUGCAUUCUCCGCGGUGACGCAGCUGUGCCCAACUGAUGCUCGCCGUUUGUUCCCUUGCUGGGAUGAGCCUGCAGUGAAAGCCUGCUUCUCAGUUGCUGUUUCAAUACCAAAAGAUGAUGGGCUGGUGGCGCUUUCAAAUAUGCCUGUGGUGUCGGAAACGAAUGACCCAUCAAACCCUGCCCUACGUGUAGUGAAAUUCGAUACCACUCCCAUCAUGUCAACAUAUUUAGUAGCUGUAGUAGUUGGAGAGUAUGACUUUGUAGAGGACAAGUCAAAUGACGGAGUACUGGUGCGAGUAUACACACCAGUUGGCAAGAAGGAGCAAGGUCGCUUUGCUCUUGAGGUUGCUACAAAAGUAUUGCCAUAUUACAAAGACUACUUCCAGAUUGCAUAUCCACUUCCAAAAAUUGAUUUGAUAGCAAUCGCAGAUUUCUCUGCAGGGGCUAUGGAGAAUUGGGGAUUAGUGACAUAUAGAGAGACAUGUUUGCUUGUUGAUCCUGAGAAUACAUCAGCUGUGAGGAAACAGUGGAUUGCUCUAGUUGUGGGUCAUGAACUUGCACACCAGUGGUUUGGAAAUCUUGUGACAAUGGAAUGGUGGACACAUCUGUGGCUGAAUGAAGGAUAUGCAUCCUUUGUUGAAUUUCUCUGUGUUGCACAUUUAUUUCCUGAGUAUGACAUAUGGACGCAGUUUGUAACUGAUACUUACAUUAGAGCAUUGGAACUGGAUUGUCUUAAGAACAGCCACCCGAUUGAGGUUCCUGUUGGUCAUCCUUCAGAAAUUGAUGAAAUAUUCGAUGACAUUUCAUAUAACAAAGGUGCCUCUGUGAUUAGAAUGCUGCACAAGUAUAUAGGAGAUGAGGACUUCCGCAAAGGUAUGAAUAUAUAUCUUACUCGACAUCAGUAUAAAAAUACUUUCACUGAAGAUCUAUGGGCAGCACUGGAAGAAGCAAGCAAUAAACCAGUGGCUGCUGUUAUGUCAACGUGGACAAAACAAAUGGGGUUCCCAGUGGUGAAGGUUUUAAGUAAACAGUCAGGACCCACGACACGGACCCUUACACUAACUCAAGAAAAAUUCUGUGCUGAUGGUAGCACAAGUGAGUGUAAUGGUUGUCUAUGGAUGGUUCCCAUAAUGCUGAGUACGUCUCGGAAUCCACAUGACGUUGCUUUCAGCACUGUAUUAGAGACACGCUCAGCUAACAUCACUCUUCAAAAUGUGUCUGCUUCAGACUGGGUUAAAGUUAACCCUGGUACUGUUGGGUACUACCGUACACAAUACCCACCAGAUAUGCUGGAACUGUUUGUACCUGCUAUCCAGAACAAAUCUCUGCCACCUCUGGAUAGACUUGGAUUACUAGAUGACCUCUUUGCAAUGGUUCAAGCUGGACAGACUCCAACAGUAGAAGUUUUGAAGCUAAUGGAAGCAUUCAGUGAUGAGGACAAUUACACUGUAUGGUCUAGCAUCAGCAACUGCUUAAGCAAAUUGUCAAUCCUACUUUCUCACACAGAUUAUGAAGAUCUUUUCAAGGCAUAUGGACGCAAGUUAAUGGCCAGGGUUGGUCAGAGGCUUGGAUGGGAUCCUAAAGAAAAUGAAAGUCAUCUUGAUACCUUGUUGCGGUCACUAGUUAUUGGGAGACUGGGCUGGUUUGGUGAAAAAUCUGUUAUUGAAGAGGCAAAAAAGAGAUUUGAUCAUCACUGUAAUGGGAAAUGUCAUUUGCCUGCUGAUCUCCGCAGCCCCGUCUACAAAGCAGUUUUGUCAGUCGGUGAUGAAGAUACAUACAACACAAUGCUUAAGUUAUACAGAGAAGCUGAUCUACAUGAAGAAAAAGACAGGAUAUCGAGAGCCCUUGGAGCUAUUGGUAAUGAGGCCAUUCUGAAGAAGGUGCUGGAUUUUGCAAUGUCUGAAGAAGUUCGUUCUCAAGAUACAGUAUUUGUCAUUAUUUCUGUGGCAAUGACAAAAGUUGGGAGAGAGCUUGCCUGGAACUUUUUCAAGGAAAAUUGGCAGGAACUGAUGAAUCGAUAUGAGGGAGGUUUUCUGCUAGCUCGUCUAGUAAAAUAUACAACGGAGAACUUUGCCAGUGAAGAACAGGCUACAGAAGUGGAAAAUUUCUUUCGUGAACAUCAUUCUCCAGGUACAGAACGCACUGUCCAACAGAGCUGCGAGACAAUACGGCUGAAUGCUGCUUGGCUAGCACGUGAUUCGGAAUCAACGCGAAAGUACCUCAUUGAGACGCAGACACACUCUUCGUAACUACUAGGCUUGUGUAAAUUCAUAUGUUGCUAGGGAAUGCAGUGCUGUAAAAAAGAUUUUUAUACAGAAGAAAACUUCUUUAAGUGGACUUUGUGCUUUUAUAUUGUGCAGUGCACUUGUGGUGUGAAACUAUCAAUAAAAGCAACAUUCACUUUUUCUGUGUCGUCUUAAUAAUGUAUAUGCUGUUGCCUGUAUGUAUGUUACGAUAGGAAUUGAGAAGAGUGUAGAAGAGAAUAUCGAGACAACUACCUGUAAUAAUUCUUUCAUACAGUACAAUUGAUUACCUGUAAUUAGACUAGUUCGGAGUAAGUUUUAGCUUAACAUUUGCAAUAGUUUAUCAUUUCAGUUGAAUGUAAAAUAACAUUGCUGUCGUGUUACUGUUUACUUACGAAACAUGAGGACAUUUUCUUGUGUACACAGCUCAUAAUGUGUAUACAGUUGUCACCUCCCAUCCUGUCAGAGAAGUAAACAGGUAAUAAUUUAAAAAAAGAAAAUACCAAACAGUGUACAAAUCAUAAGUGCCAGUAAAUGAACUAUAAUUUUGAUUUGGUUAGUAUUUUCGAUGCCUAAAGGCCAUUGAGGACAAUGUUGGGCUGUAUAAGCCUUUCUUUAGGUCAUUUUGGUAUCUGUCAAUAUGGAUGUCAUGCUCUGAUUUUGGUACUUAAUACUUCUGUUAAGAAUCGUUUUGUUUUAAAACUGUCAGAACAAUAACCAGAGCAGUUCCUGUUGAUAAUGUGAAGUACAAUUACAAUAUGAUACCUGAUAGUAUGUUGUUAGUUAUGUAUGCACAUAUGUACAUACUUUUUAUAAAAUCUUAUUUGAGUUCAUCUUAUAUUUAUUGAUUUGUUUUGUUAACUUAAUAAGCUUGUAUUAUUUUACCUUUCUGGAAAAAAGGUCUGACUUUUCAUAUAUUUGACACACAAAAUACAUUGUUAUUUUGUAUUAUUAAAAUUGCAUUUUUAAAAAGGCACUUAAAGGCAGGCACUUGGCAAAUUGGAAAACAAAUAUAAUGAAAUCAGUGAAAAUGUAUUGUAUCCCAGAAACAAGUUAAUUUUCUGUUGGAUUCUGUAAAAUUUGAGACUUGUGAAAAUCUUGAACAUUUCAGAAUAAAUAUUCGUGUUGUUCCAUCUUA